GUCAAAGCACAAACUCUUGCCAAUAUAGCAAAUCAACUUGUAUUUUCAAACUUUUCGGUCUUUUAAUAUAAUAUUUAUAUAAUUUAAGUGUAACACUCAGAGCUAGCACAAGGGUAAUUAGCCCCGUUUUGGUCGUCAGUUGCCGUGACUACGACUACGACCUCAGACGAUGGGCGAUAAUAAAAGAGUACCGACGCAACUGCGCCGCAGUGUGCACCAGUGCCUCGAGGAUUAUCCGUACAGCAUAGCCAGCGAAGCCCAAAGCAACCUGCAGGCCAGCUGCAAAAACUCGCUGAGCUUUGUGCAGCGAUUGGGAUUGCUGCAGACACUUUACGUCCAUAAUGGAUGCGUGAAUACGGUUAAUUGGAACGCCAGUGGCACACUUAUCGUCUCGGGCUCCGAUGACAACCAUUUGGUCGUCACCGAUGCCCACAGUCGGCAGGUGCUGGCCAGGAGCAAGACGCAGCACAAGCAUCACAUCUUCAGCGCCCGAUUCAUGCCGCACACCAACGACAGUGCCAUUGUCUCCUGUUCCGGCGAGGGUCUAGUCAUGCACACCGAGUUCCUGACCGAGUAUCGUCGAACCGCCAGGAGAAGCGAGAAAGCAGACUGUUGCCUGGGCGGUGAAAACGAGCGUACUACCAACACCUUUGACUGCCAUAAGUUUGGAAGCACCUUCGACGUCCUGCCACUGCCCGACACUCCGCGCAGCUUUCUCAGCUGCGGCGAGGAUGCCACAGUCCGCUGCUUUGAUCUCCGAGUGUCCUCUAGUUGCUCCGAACGCGUGUGCCAGAAGCAUAUAUUCAUAAUGGCACCUUGUGCCGUGACGGCCAUGGAUGUAGCACCUAUAAGCCACCACAGUGUGGCUAUAGGCUGUUCCGACUCGAUAGUUCGUCUCUACGACAGGCGCAUGCUAGCUGGUGGGCCAUCAGACAGCUCAACGAUGAUGCCCUACAAGGCGUAUCCCAUACCCAUGGAGUAUACGCGUCGCCAUUAUCGUCCCACAUGCGUCAAGUUUAGUCCGGACGAGUCCGAGCUCCUAGUCAGCUACUCAAUGGAGCAGCUGUAUCUGUUCGAUCUGAAGCAUCCGGGCUAUAGUGAUGCAGAGCUGCUGAAGAGCGGAUGCUAUACACCAAAAAUGAGGCGCGACGAUGAUCCAGAACCGCAAAUGCCACGGUUGCGAUUUCGGGGCGAUUGGUCGGACACUGGGCCCAAUUCCCUAUCAGCAGGAGUGCAGGGUGUUAACCAGACCAACAUCGGCCAGGCACGUCCCGCUCUGGAGCCCGGCGUCUUAAGUCGUCUCAGCGACGAAAUAUUUCGCCUGCUCAACUCGCCAAGCCAAAGGCGGCAGGCCCCUACUGUGGCAGUACAGCCAGAUCAGCCAGUAGCAGUCCCCCAGGCACCGGGAAGUGCAUCCGCUGGUAAUGGUAAUGGUCAUCGUAGUGGUCCCAGGUCGUGGCAAAAUGCAGUUUUCCGUACCAUGGCGAAUGCGUCUGCAGCCUCGAACAGCGGACAAAGGCCGAGCAGUCCCCCAUCCCAAGGAGCAAGCAAUGAUGAUCUUCCAAAGAGUCCGGAAAGUCAGAACAACGAAGGAGCGGCUCAGCAGUUUCCUAUCAAGAAAUUCGAUUACGUUAAAAUGUCGUUCAGUGGCCACAGGAACUCAAGGACUAUGGUGAAGGGGGCUAGUUUUUGGGGCGAUGAUUUUAUAAUGUCCGGCUCUGAUUGCGGUCACAUUUUCGUUUGGAAUCGGGCAACGGGAAAGGUGGUCAAGACCCUGCUGGCCGAUAACCGUGUGGUCAAUCGAGUGCAGCCGCAUCCCACUUUACCCUACUUGCUCAGCUCUGGCAUUGACUACAAUGUGAAGUUGUGGGCGCCGAUAGCAGCCGAGCCCCACUUUGAUGAGGAGGAGUGUGCCGGGUUGAUCAAAAAUAACGAGAUUAUGCUGGUGGAGACGCGCGAUACCAUAACCGUACCUGCCCAGAUAAUGAUUCGAAUACUGGCCAGCUUGCAUCAUGCCGCUGGCAGCGAAUCCAGAUCCCGAGCAGCCGCAGCGACAGAUUCAAAUUCAAUUGGCAUUGCUAGCGCUGAGGCCGCCCAAAAUGCUAAUAGUGAUAAUAAUGAAAGUGACCAUGAAAAUAUUAAUAAUGAAACUAGUAAUAUUCCUGAAAACGACACGAUCUAAUCCAAAAAUCUAGUUACAUUUUGUUUAUGUAUUCGUAGAAUUACCCUAAAUUAUAUAUGUACAUAUAUAUUAA